AUGAAUAUCUUCUCCUUCUUUGGCGAUCUCUCGCACUUGGCCUCCAUCUUCAUCUUGUUGUAUGCCAUCGAAAGGAAUCAGUCUAUCCGAGGCCUCUCCCUCAAGACCCAGGCUCUCUACGUAGUGGUCUACUUGACUCGGUACCUCAACUUGUUCUUCAAGUUCUACUCCUUGUACAACUCACUUCUCAAGGUGUUUUUCAUCGGCUCUUCUAUAUACACCGUCUACGUCUUGACCCACAAAUACCAGAGAACAGCCCAAGAACACCUCGACACCUUCCAGGUGCGCUACCUUACCGGAGGAGCCUUUGUGACUUCUUUGAUCUUGACUCACAAGUACACCAUCUUGGAAGUGGUAUGGUCCUUUUCCAUCUGGCUCGAGUCCGUAGCCAUUCUUCCGCAGUUGUUCAUCUUGCAAAGAACAGGCGAAGCAGAAAACAUUACCGUUCAUUACAUCUUUGCCUUGGGUAUCUACCGUGUGUUGUACAUCCCCAACUGGGUGUACCGUUACUUUGUAGAGGGCCAUUUUGAUUACAUUUCAGUUAUUGCUGGUUUGGUCCAGACGGCCGUCUACUCAGACUUCUUCUAUAUCUACUACACCAAGGUGUUGAAGGGCAAGAAGUUCGAGUUGCCUGUUUGA